AUGCGUGUGGCGAGCGUCCUCGUUUCCGCGCUGGCUUUGGCCGGCACGGGUGUUGCCAAGAUCUCCAAGCGUGCCGUUGACGACGAUGCCCGUCCGUCCAACGACACUGCUGUGGCGCCCAAAAAGUUCAUUGUUGAACUAGAGCAGGGAGCCGACAAAGAUGCCCUCGUCAAAGAGAUCGAGGCCAAGGCCGGAAGCAAGGUCCUGAAAGUCUUCGACUCAUCCAUCUUCAGCGGCAUUGCCGUUGAGUCCGACAGCGAGAACACAGACUCGCUUGAGGCUCUACUCCCGGUCGUCAAGGCGUGGCACUCCACCCGGAUUCAACUCGCCCCCGUUGUCACCGGAGACUCCUUCAGCGACGAUGCCGCCGCGCUCAACUACUCCAUCCACUGGAUGACGGGCGUAGACAAGCUUCAUGAGCAAGGCAUUUUCGGCAAGGGUGUCAAGGUCGGUAUCGUGGAUACCGGCACUGAGUACACCCACCCGGCUUUGGGAGGAUGCUUCGGAGCCAACUGCAAGGUCGCGGGCGGAUAUGAUUUUGUCGGUGACGAGACCAACUGGCCCUUCCCUGGCGAGGAGAGACAGCCGGACGAGGACCCCAUGGACCAGGCCGGCCACGGGACCCACGUCGCCGGUAUCAUUGCCGGCAAAAGCGUGGAGUUUACCGGAGUCGCUCCCGAAGCCACCAUUUACUCGUACAAGGUCUUUGGCCCUAACGAAGGCACUGGUGAGGAGGUCCUCAUCGAGGCUUUCCUGCGUGCCUUCUCCGACGGCGUCGAUAUCAUCACUGCUUCUGUCGGCUCGACUGGUGGCUGGAGCCAGAAUGCCUGGGCUCUGGUCGCGGACCGCAUCGUCCAGCAGGGCGUUGUUGUCACUAUCGCCGCUGGUAACUCUGGUGACGUCGGCCCCUUCUUCGCCAGCAGCGGAGCCUCCGGAAAGGACGUUCUCGCUAUUGGGUCUGCCGAUGCCUCCAUUGUUUCGGCUCGCCAGUUUGCCGGUACCUUCAACCUCGACGGCCAGUCGAACCGAACUAUUCUCGGCUACCGUCCCGCCGAGGAGCUGUUCCCUGCGGAAAUUGUCGGUUGGCCCAUCGUCCCUGUUACUCUCAACAUCAGCGUCGAGAACGAUGCCUGUGAACCUUUGGCUGAGGGCAUCAACUUCAACAAUACCAUCCCGCUCGUGCGGUUCGAUGAGGGCUGCGAGGAUUGGCAGAGGCAGAGAUGGGUUCAGGAACGCGGUGCCAGGUUCAUGCUCUUUUACCUGACCGACAGGCCUGUGCUCGGUUCGUCUGGCAGAGGCUGGGCACAGAGCGACUGGGGUCUGUUGUCCAAGGACGCCGGCGAAGCUAUUGUCAAGACUUAUAUCGCUGGCGGCAACGUCACUGCCGACUUCUCUCUCGACCAGAACAGCAACUACGUCGCCAUGUAUAACUCCGGUGGCGGCAAGCCCUCUGUCUUCACUUCGUGGGGAGGCACCUUCGACCUUGAGCUGAAGCCCGAUGUUACAGCCCCCGGUGGCCGCAUCUUCGCUCCCUUCGUCGGCCAUCGCUACCGCGAUCUCUCCGGCACGAGCAUGGCCUGCCCGUACGUCGCCGGUGUAGCAGCACUCUACAUCUCCGCGCACGGUGGCCGCUCCGUCCACGGCGCCGGCUUCGCCAAGGCCCUUCACGCUCGUAUCACCGCAUCCGGCCGCGCGAUCCCCUGGUCUGACGGCAGCACCAAGGACUUUGGCUUCUGGGCCCCUCCGAUCCAGGUCGGUAGCGGUCUGAUCGACGCCGCCGCCGUUCUCAACUCCACUUCGCAGCUGUCCGGAGAGAUUAAGUUCGCGCUCAACGACACGCACCACUUUUCGCGCUACCACCAGGUCGACAUCACCAACACGGGCGCCACGGAGCUCGAGUACCGCUUCCAGGUGCAGAGUGCCGCCGGGUUUGAGUCGUACUGGACCCCUGAAGCUGCGUCGAACCCGGAUCUCAUCGCUAUUCCUCGCAUCAAGGAUUUCCCCGAGAUCGUGCCGUUCAAGAUCGAUGCUGUUGUUGGUCUGCCAUCCGGUACUUUCAAGGUCGGACCUGGGGAGACCAAGACUGCCAAGUUCACCUUCGACAUCCCUCAAGGGCUGAACUCCUCUAGAUUGCCGGUCUGGAGCGGCAAGGUCUUGAUCAGCGCGAGCAAUGGCGAUGUUCUCUCGGUGCCCUACUUCGGCGUUGGCGGAAGCAUCAAGCAUGACAUCGUCGACAUGUUCUACACCUCGAUGGGAUACCCGAAAAUCGCCUCUGGCGUGAACCGAACACUAAUCACCGAGAAGUCGAGCUUCAACUUCGACCUCUCCCUCGCGGCCCAGGACUUCGUCAGACUCCAAGUCGCCCUUACGUGGGGUACUCGCGAGCUCCGUUGGGAUAUCUUCGAGCCGUCCUACGAGGAACGCGAAUGGGUCUACCCUCCCGUCGUCGGCUCCAACAAGUACAUCGGCUCCGUCGCCUCCUUCGACGUCUACAACAGCCCCAACUACCCCGUCUUCGACCCGGCCACCGACAGCGUGAACAACACCUUCUCCUACCCGCUCCAGUACCAGCCGCGCGACUCCCCCUACGAGUCGUGGUGGCUCGGCAAGCUGGCGGACGGCUCCCAGAUCAAGCCCGGGAAGUACAAGAUGCGCAUCGCCGCUCUGGUGCCGUUUGGAAACCCCAAGGCGUCGGAUAACUGGGAGAUCUACCAGACUCCUGUGAUUGAGGUUCUGCCUCUGCCUGCUGGUAACACUACCGCCACGAGCACGUCACCGUACGCAAACGACCACCACUCGGCGGUACUUGCGACCGGCGCCGCUCCGGACCCCCUGGACCUCUCCGAGGAUUGGCUGCAGAGCCUGCGUCUGAUGCACCACUACAGCACCGUCACCUGCAACGAGUUGCCGCAUGAUGCCUGCACCGAAGAGCUGUGGAAGACGGCUAUACCCGAGAUGGCAUGUUCCCAUAAAUUCCUAAUGCAUGGCUUGCUUGCUGUCGCGGCGCUGCACUACGCCCACAGCCACCCCUCGGAGCGGAGGAAGUGGGACAUCAUCUCGGUGCACCACCAGAACCUGGCGCUUCGUUUCUUUGCGACGCGCCUGAACGACAUCGACACGACCAAUUGCGAGGCCUACUUCUUCCUCGCGACGCUCAUCUUCAUCGUUAGUGUGUACUCCGUCGCCCACGCCGAGACCCUUGGCCGGCCGGUCGGUCUCGGGGACGUCGCACAGUCCUUCAGGUUCCUGCACGGGGUGAAGGGGAUUCUCGAUUUCCAGCCGCUGGAGCAGUGGAGGCAGCGCGGCGGGCCGUUGGACGUUCUCCUGCGGACGCCGCAGAUCUCGCCCGGGAUGAACACCGCGAGCCCGUUUCAGAAGCGGCUCGACGCCAUAACGGCGCUCGCGAGAGAGGUCCCCGCUUCGUUCCACGACGUCAUCAACGAGCAGACUGUCUGCGUACUGGCGCUGGAGUCGCUGCGCAGAUCGCAUCAGAUUGUUACCACCGACGGCGAAAAGCCCGGCAGUGUUUGGGGCUGGUGUGUAACGUUGCCGGUGUUGUUCAUCGAGAUGGUCGGGAACGGACAUCCGACUGCACUGGUGAUUCUGGCGCAUUUUGCUGCGUUGCUGAGGAUGUGUGAGCAUGAUGACUGGGCCUGUGGAGGGUGGAGCAAGGGGGUGAUGCUGAUGGUCGACGAUGUCAUUGACGACGAGUGGAGGCCCUGGAUAGAGUGGCCUAAGAAAAGUUUGUUGGAGAAGAUAGAUGUUGAUAAGAUGGAUAUGUAA